GGUCAAAAAACAAGGCAAGCAUUGUACUAAGGGUAUGGGUCAAACUGUUCCGGAUCCUAAGGGUUUCGUUGUCCUAGAAAACGGCACGGUAGUACCUUGUGGAAUUGGAAAAUAUCGUAAUAAUGAUAAAUUUUUGAUGUAUAACGAGUAUAUCGUUUACGACGUCUGUCAAAUACUCCAGAAAUAUUUGCUUAAGGUUAAGUUUAACUACAAAUGGUAA